CGACAAUGAUGGUGCCGAGGAAAAGAAAACGCUGUUUGGCGCCAAAUUGCAGGCGAUUGAAGCAACUUUUGCCGCCGUAGUGAUGGAGGUGUGGAUGCUGCCAUUGUCGUCGUCGCUGAGAGGAAAGCUGAUAUCCGCUGGCUAUACUUCUCUCUCCUCGAUUUCUUCUUCCCUUUCUUCCUCUGAUCUCGCUCGAGAUCUAAGUAUUACAGAGGCGGAAGCCAUUGAUAUUCUGCAACUUUCAGCCCGAGCUAGUGGGUCUGGUGCAAGCUCCCGAGACCACCCUGUCAUAAAUGGUGCAAAGAAUGCUUGGGACAUCCUCAGCGAGGAGGAAUCCUUAGCACGCAUUACUACAUCUUGCUCUGAUCUGGAUAACAUCUUGGGUGGUGGAAUAAGUUGUAGGGAGGUUACUGAAAUCGGUGGGGUUCCGGGGAUGGGCAAGACCCAACUGGGGAUCCAGCUCUCUGUAAAUGUUCAGAUUCCUGGUGAGGUUGGUGGUCUUGGAGGAAAAGCAAUAUACAUAGAUACUGAGGGCAGCUUCAUGGUGGAGCGUGCUCUACAGAUUGCAGAAGCAUGUGUUGAAGACAUGGCAGAAUACACAGGAUACAUGCAUAAACAUUUUCAUGCAAGCCAAGUUCAGAUGCAGCCCAAGGAUAUCCUGGAGAACAUAUUCUAUUUCCGUGUCUGCAGUUACACUGAGCAAAUUGCAUUGGUCAAUCAUCUUGAGAAGUUCAUCUCUGAAAAUAAAGAUGUUAAAGUGGUCAUUGUAGACAGUAUCACAUUUCAUUUCCGACAGGACUUUGAGGACUUGGUCCAGAGGACCCGAGUGCUCAGUGAGAUGGCUUUGAAGUUCAUGAAACUGGCCAAGACAUUUUCGUUAGCGGUUGUUUUAUUGAAUCAGGUGACCACCAAGUACACCGAAGGUUCUUUCCAGUUAGCUCUUGCCCUAGGAGAUAGCUGGUCUCAUUCUUGCACCAACCGAGUUAUCUUGUACUGGAACGGUGAAGAGCGUUAUGCAUACAUAGACAAGUCCCCUUCACUUCCGUCGGCCUCUGCACCGUUCUCUGUAACUGGCCGAGGCAUAAGAAACUCGUCCUCCAACAGCAAGCGGGUCAAGAUGAUGUAAAGAUCCGAUCUUUCUUACCCCUUUUUAGCAGUCUUUGCCAUUAAAAGUGGCAAUGCUGGCAAACAAAACACAGGUGCUGUCUCCUUUGUUUGCUACCAUUACAAUGUCUGAACUGGAUCAAUACAAAACAUCCUGUCUGGUUUUUGAA